AAAUUAUUGAAUUCGUAGAUAGUUUACUAUUUUCAGGUGUAAUAAUUUAAAAAAACUAUCAUAACGAAAAACAUAAAUAAUAAAAUGAUAGUCGGUGAUUAGGUUACCAAAAUCUUUAAGUUUAUUAUAAUUUAUAAAAUUUUGUACUAUAAUAACUAUGGAUCCUUCUUUAAAGAGAAACAUAUUUCCUAUGUUCGAUUGGACCAAUUUCUUAAAAGAAGCGAAAAUUGAGUUUUUAAAGCUAUAUGAGCUCAUAAGUAGUAAAAAGUAUAAUAGAGAUUCCUUUGAAUUUCUUAGAACCUUAGGAAGAGGAGCUUUUGGUCGUGUAUAUUUGGCGACACUCGCUGGCGAGAAUGAAGAUCAUGAUGUGUAUUACGCCAUAAAAGUACUCGAAAAGGCAGUAGUAGUUAAAUCAAAACAAAUCAAACAAGCGAUCAAUGAAAAGAGAAUCCUUCAAGCUCUCAACUUUCCAUUCUGUGUAUAUUUGGAGUAUUCUUUCCAAGACAACAGUUACCUCUAUCUAUGUUUACCAUUUAUAGUGUGCGGAGAGAUGUUCAAACAUUUGACGAAACAGAAACGAUUUCCAGAACCACUAGCCAAAUUUUAUGCCGCACAAGUUUUACUUGCAUUUGAGUAUCUUCAUUACUGUGAUUUGAUCUUCAGAGAUCUCAAACCAGAAAAUAUUUUGAUUGACGAUAAAGGUUAUUUGAAAAUUACUGAUUUUGGAUUUUGUAAAAUAGUUAAAACAAGAACUUACACACUCUGCGGAACGCCAGAAUAUUUGGCACCAGAAGUUAUUCUUCAGAAAGGUUACGGAAAAUCUGUGGAUUGGUGGACAUUCGGUAUACUACUUUACGAAAUGAAUGCUGGCCGUACUCCUUUUCGUGCAUCUGAUCCCAUGAAAAUAUACGAAAAGGCUGUUAAAGGUAAAUACUCUACUCCUGAUUAUUUUUCUUACGAAUUAAAAGAUUUAAUAAAGAACAUUGUACAAGUAGACAUAACCAAAAGGUAUGGAAUUUUAAAAAAUGGAGUUAAUGACAUUAAGGACCAUCCCUGGUUCAUGGACAUGAAUUGGGAUGCUUUAUUUAAUGGGCAUAUAGAACCUCCAUAUCUACCUGACGUUAAAGGAGCUGGUGAUACUAGUCAUUUUGAUAGAUAUCAUGAAGCUACAUGGAAUAUUGCUAAAGUAGACAGAUAUGCUAAAGAAUUUCAAGACUUUUAGCGGUUUUCAAUUAUAAUGAGCUGGCUUGAGCAAUAUAAGAGGUGACUUGUGAAUUGGGUCCUUCUCUGCCGAAUUUCGCGUACAACUGUACGUUGUUCUAUAUAUCAAGAUGGAAAAUGGAAAGUUUCAUUACGCCGCUUAUAACUAGAGCAGCCAGCAACUUUCUAUAUAUAGCGUUUAUUUAUUGGUCUGAUCGAACUUUACAUUUUUUUUAUUAGUAUUGAAAAUGAAUUUCCUCAAUGUGAUUUAGUGAUGAAUAGAAAUAUAUAAUUGAAAUAUAA